ACGAUCUGGAACAGGACUUAAUUGCGAAGAAGGGACCCGAUAAUAAAUAGAGCCCAAAUAUAAAUUGGAGAAAGCGCGCAAAGAGUAAAUCCAAAUCAUUUCACAAGCAGCGGGAAAAUUGCCGCUUCUAUUUGAAGAGCGUACGCGGUAUCUGAUUGGUUGGUAGGCCGUGACGUUUGCGUGAAAGAGACGAACGUUUUUUCCGGUCAGGUGACCGCUUUAUUCGACGUUAGGCGUAUUCGCAGCUAGAGGGAAAGAACAAAGAUUGAAAUGGCUGGAGGCAAAGCAGGCAAAGACUCUGGAAAGGCAAAAGCAAAGGCGAUUUCUCGUUCAGCAAGAGCUGGAUUACAGUUUCCUGUGGGAAGAAUACACAGACAUUUGAAGUCGAGAACCACUUCCCAUGGACGUGUUGGUGCAACAGCUGCUGUUUACAGCGCAGCUAUUCUGGAAUACUUAACUGCUGAGGUACUUGAGUUGGCUGGAAAUGCUAGUAAGGAUUUGAAAGUGAAGAGAAUCACGCCCCGCCACUUGCAACUUGCCAUUCGUGGUGACGAGGAAUUGGAUUCUCUCAUCAAAGCAACUAUUGCUGGAGGAGGUGUCAUUCCCCAUAUUCACAAGUCGCUCAUCGGAAAGAAAGGACAAACCAAAGCCCCUUGAAGAGAAAGUUGCCCGCUAUUGAUGUAAUUCUGAGUCUUAUGUGUACAGUUAGAAAUGAAUUGACAAUUGUUACCAUUUAACAGACUGAGCAUUGAAUUCAAUGCACUGCCAUUGUACAGAAAGGAAUAUGAAUUUGUCCAGCGCGCGAUUUGCGUUGUUUUUAUACCUCCUUAAAAAUAGUUAAAAUAUGCUAAUUCGUUAUUUUCGUUUUGGGCUUUUAAUUUUAUUACAAAUUCUUUUGUUUAGCUACUCAAUCUCAUUAAGUGGUAGUGUGUAAUUGUUACGCUGUAUUGCACCAAUACACCAGAUAUUUUCUUUAAAAAGUUUUUCAGUAAAAAGUAUACAGCCUUUUGGGCUUGUAAUUUUUAUAUUUUUUUGCUAAAAACCUGGAUUUGCAUUUAACCUUGUAGCAGCAUUUAGCUCUGUUUAGAGACAUAGUGGAUUUUUGAAAUAAACAUUCAAACAUAUAUUCAG